GUGUGAUUCCCACUGCCGAGCGUCGAUCAUAAGCAGCGCUUUUUUACAAGUUUCACAACUGCGUUGUGUGGAUACUGUUCUAAACAAUUCGUUUAACAGGGCCCUGCACCAUCACCAUGCGACUGACGUAGAGGGUAUUUUGUGUGACGUAGACGACUUUUGAGUGUCACUAGUUCAUUGGGGGAAUUAGCAGUUUGGAGCGGUCACAACUGGCUAUCACCUCGAAAAACAAAGAAGUCUGCUGAGUUUUUGGUGUUUAAUCGGUGGAAGCGUUUAUGUUUCGGAGAGUGGGACGGAAGGUCACAGUGUGUGAUACUGUCAUCGUGGCUUGACACAGGACCUUUACACCGGUGUAUAACGCAAACCCUUAACUAGAGAAAUGGAGAGGCAGAGCAUGUAUCCAGCAGUUGUUCUUGUUGCCUCCUUUACGACGAUGCUCCUUGGCCCAUCCCUUCCCUAUGCAAGCGGAGUAAUCCACGUAGCUUUGCUCAAAGAGUUCCAGGAGGAUGUGACGAUGACAGCAUGGAUGGGAUCUCUCUUUUCCUGCAUGUUUGCUCUGACAGGUCCAAUUGCCAGCUUGGUUAUCAACGUGUUUGACUGUAGAACGUGUGUGGUGAUGUCUGGAGUCUUGAUGAUGACUGGGUUUGCGACCAGCUAUCUGGUGACCGAAAUAAGGAUAUUGUUCUUAACAUAUUCCUUAAUUGCAGGUCUUGGCACAGGUUUGGCACAAGCCGGAAGUGUUGUCAUUAUUGGAUACUACUUCCCUGACAAACCAGGACUGGUUACAGGAAUAUCUAUCUCAGGAGUUGGACUUGGUAUAUUCAUACACCCCCCACUUUUUCAGUAUUUGAUGGAAACAUAUGGAGUCCACGGCGCCUUUCUUAUCAUUGGAGGAAUGACACUUAAUGCAUGUGCUGCUGGAAUGCUUAUGCGACCCCCUGAAUUUGAGCGCAAGAGAACACAACAAGCUUGGAAGGGUCAACCCUCUCAGAGAAAGAUUACGUCAAUAUGUAGGGAUCUAACGAGGUUCCGUCAUGUUGUGAGCAAUGUUUCAUUUAUAUUCUUUUUAUGCAGUGUACUGUGCUUUUCAAUUGCUAUGUCAACAGAAUAUCUCUUUCUGCCGGAUUUCUUUAUAAAACAGGGAUCUACAUUCCAGGAAGGAGCCUUUGUUAUAUCAGCUUCAGGCAUAGGAAGUAUCGUCUCACGUAUUCUCAUAGGAUUUGCUCUGAGUGAUGAGAAGAUUGACAGUGCCACUGUGUAUUCCUCUGUGAAUGGCAUAGUAGCAAUUUGCACGUUUUUAUUGCUACUGUUCAACACAUUCUCUGUUCUGAGAAUAGUUUAUGGCUUCAUUCUUGGACUGUAUAGUGGAGGCACGUGGGUAUUCCUUCAGACCCUGACACUUGAAAUUCUUGGACUUCAAGACUUCGCCACAGGUGUUGGUGCAACUUUAUUUUCUUGUGGAGUCGGCUAUCUUACAGGUCCCCCAAUUGCGGGAGCCAUAUUGGAAGCAAGCGGGUCGUACUACAGCGUUUUUCUCCUUUCUGGUGCAAUGUUUUUCUCGACCACUGUCUUCGGAUUUCUGUCAACUCUCAGCAAGCGGACACUACCACAAACAGGAGACUUGCAUCUAAACGUGACGAUACCCAACAAGGAAGCUGCUGAAGCGGCAUUAAUAGAAGCAUCGAUACGAACGACUGAAAUAACACAAACACCAAGUGAGUGUUGUGCUGCCAAUACUACUGAAGCGACAGUAAUGGAAGUACUGAUCGCAACAACCGACAGAAAACAAAAUCCAAGUGAGUGUGGCCAUGAUGACUACAUUGACGCGGAAUAAAGAUACCAACAACUGAUACAGAAAUACAAGUCAAGUUAUGAUGGUGAUUAUACUGAAGCGGAAAAAAUCAAGCAGCGAUAUCAACAAUUGAAAAAUUUUGUUUGUUUGUUCAAACUCAACACUUCCUCAUCCACCACUAUCCCUGGCCCGUGAAGAUUCGGGGUGGAUUUCGUCUUCAGCAACCAAUGCUUGCCGUAAAAGACGACUAUGCUUGUCGUAAGAGGCAACUAACGGGAUCGGUUAGUCAGGCUCGCUGACUUGGUUUUGCAUGCGAUCCCAAUUGCGUGGAUGCAUGUCAUCGUAUCCCCUGCCCCCAGAUGAAAUAGUAACAAUCCCGAAGUUCAUCCGCACUGAUAUCACACCCCGAAGCAACCUUCACGGGAAAUAAGUGCUUAACUUUAAAAUCAGCCAGAGCGUAAAACGACCCUGCUAAUUUUUGUUUUAUUUUACACAUGACAUCAAUGUUUGACAAAACUGAUCUACAUAGAUGUGUAUAUAUCUCUGACUACCCCCAAGGUAAACCUUUAUUUUAUGUGCAUACAUUAAAAUGGUAUGCACAUGUAUUCAUAACACUCAAAACAAAAGCGGAUACAACAUAUACGAUUCGGGUUGCUACUAAUACAAUUGUGACGACAUGUAUGCAACUGACAUCAUGUACAAGAACUGGGAAUGCCAUAAAACAGUAUCAAAAUGAA